AUGUUGCGCAUGGAUCUUCCCCCACCCAAGUAUGCACCCCCAUAUUAUGCCAUGCACCAUUCCGCACCUCAGCUUCAGCCUUCACAUAUUCCUCACUUUGCGCUGGCUGGUAGAGCAGAUGUUCGAGUUGGUGGUGAGGCACAGAUAUAUGAUGUUGCAGGCUGUCAGCUCUAUUCAGGACCAUAUCACCAUAUUUUCAGAGCUUCACACCACUUCAACUUCUUCAAGUUCGACAACUCAAUGCCAACAGAUCGAGAGCUGUGGAGAGUCAAAGUUGAGGGUGCCGGUGCUGCGCUGAGGCGUGACAUGAUGUGA